AUUAUAGAGUCUAAAACAAUUGAAUUACAGUAAAAUUCCAGGGAGUUUCCCAGCAACCUCUUUCUUCUCGUGUUGAAAGUAGUUGCAAUAGACACGUGAUUAUUCAAAGCGUGAGAAGAUUCACAGUGGUGACAGCAAGCACAAGUGUUCAUCCUUCUAGAAAAAUCUUUUAAAAAAUUCCUUGAUUGCGUUCAAGAUGGGUCCUCUCCUCUUCAGAAGAAACAGUAAUGUUGGUUAAUGAUGGAUUAAUCAUCAGUUACCCAAAGGCAAAGGAUUCACUGCACAUCUCGACAAUCGAUUUGAUUUCUCCUAUAUAAGACAGUCAAAGUUAAACAAUCUUUUGUCUACAAUAAAAAAACAGAAGCAUCAAACAAAUUGAUCUUUUACAACUUGUGAUUAUUUGUAUUGUCAAAGGUCUACUUCAAAAAAACUGUUCAUAGAACGAAGAACGAGAGUCAUUCUCAGGGAUAUAAGUAAAUGCUUCGCGGCCAAGUUGCCCCUGAUUUUACAAUAAAAAAAAAAAAAACAAGAAGGUGUAAUUGUUAUGGGGCAGCCUAGGUUGUUUGAGGUCACCUACUCUCUCCUAAGCUAAUAAAGGUUUGGUCUUUUUCAAAAUUCUUCUACUUCAGGUACAUGCUGCCUCCAAGACCGAAGUUUGAAUUGUUUUGUUAGAGAGAUUGAAAUGGUGGGUUUCUCUUUAUUUCUCAAAAAAGUCAAGAAAAAUCAAAGCUUGCCUUAAACUGUCGGUAUGCACGCAUGCAUGUUUGGAGAUUUUACAAUGGCACUGUUAAUUUCAAGGGAGCUGAAUUAAGACAAGAUGUGGAGGGGACAAAUAACUUACUGACAUAUAGGACCAAGGAGGAAGCACCAGCAAUUCUGAUAUGAUUAUGAUGGAGCAAAGUGAGAUAAUUGAAGAGGAACAUGUUCUUGGUUUGCCUCCUUCACCUCCUCUAACUGUCGGGAUAGCUAUAGAUGGAAAAAGAAGCAGCAAGUACUUGGUGCUAUGGGCAUUGGAGAAGUUCAUGCCUCAGGGAAAGGUUGCAUUCAAGUUACUACAUGUUUGCCCAAAGAUCACAGCAGUCCCUACGCCAAUGGGGAAUUUUAUUCCUAUAUCACAAGUACGAGAUGAUGUAGCAGCAGCUUAUAAGAAGGAAAAGGAGUGGCAGACACUCCAAAUGCUUCUCCCUUUCAAGAGUAUUUGUACCAGGAAAAAGGUACAAGUAGAUAUUGUGUUAAUUGAAUUGGAUGAUGUGGCGAAGGCAAUUGCGGAGGAGGUUGCCAGGUGCAAUAUCAAUAAACUUGUUAUAGGAGCAGCUUCUCAUCGCAUGUUUACAAGGAAACAUAAGGGAAAUAAUCUGUCCUCAAGAAUCUCGGUUUGCGCUCCAAAUACUUGCACAGUCUAUGCUGUUUCAAAAGGAAAACUGCUAUCUAUUCGUCCAUCUGAUUUAGAGACAAGUGGAAGCUUUAGAGAUGGUGGCAGUAUCACCAGUCGUACUACUAACUCCUCAUCAAGUUCUAAUUCGAGCUCUCAAACAGGUUCCAACUCAGUUUCUCCAUUCUCUCAUUUCCAAUCUCCAUCCCUGCCAGUUCAGCGAUUUCAAGCUCUUUCAUCUAUAAACCAUGGCUUUCUUUAUACCAGAACAAAUUCCUGUGAGACAAAUCCGUCAAGAAGCCUGUCUCUGGAUUUUGAAGAAAAGGUUAUAGGGAGUUCUUGUCCAAGUAUUUCAGAAAUAGAACACCCAGUCACUCAGAGUUCUAGCUUCAAAAGCUUGUCAACUGAUCACCCGUCAUGGAGAUCUGAUCAAGCUCCAACCUCAGAUGUGCUUACAGAUUGUUCCUCAUUUGACAGCCAGGCAAAUAUCAACUUUGAGCUAGAAAAGCUGAGGAUUGAACUAAGACAUGCUCGAGGAAUAUAUGCAGUAGCUCAAAGUGAGACAUUAGAUGCUUCUCGAAAGUUGAAUGAUCUUACUAAACAUCGGUUGGAAGAAGCAACAAGACUCCAGGAAAUAAAACAUAAAGAGGAAAAAGCCAGGGAACUGGCAAGGCAAGAGAGGGGAAGAUGUGAAGUUGCAAUCCGGAAAGCUGAAUGUCUAAGGGAGUGUGCCAAAAGAGAAGCUUCACAAAGGAAUGAAGCAGAAAUUAAAGCCAUGCACGACGCCAAAGAAAAGGAAAAGCUUGAGAAAGCUAUUGCUGGUUCUGUGCAGCAAUACCAGGAGAUCACAUGGGAAGAGAUUGUUUCUGGUACCUUAUCGUUCUCAGAAGAGCUCAAGAUUGGAAUGGGAGCAUACGGAACUGUUUAUAAAUGCAAUUUGCACCAUACAACCACAGCAGUGAAAGUUCUUCAUUCAAAAGAGGACAAAAAUUCUAAGCAAUUCCAGCAGGAGCUUGAGAUCUUGAGUAAAAUUCACCAUCCACACUUACUCAUGCUUCUUGGCGCUUGUCCUGAUCAUGGUUGCCUUGUUUAUGAGUAUAUGAAGAAUGGGAGCUUGGAGGAUAGACUGCAGAGGGUGAACAAUACACCCCCUAUCCCAUGGUUUGAGAGGUAUCGAAUUGCUUGGGAAAUAGCCUCGGCGCUUGUUUUUCUUCACAGCUCCAAGCCAAAGCCAAUUAUUCACCGUGAUCUGAAACCAGCCAACAUCUUACUUGAUCAUAACUUUGUGAGCAAGAUUGGUGAUGUUGGCCUUUCAACAAUGCUUUGUUCAGAUGUUUCUUCUUUAUCCACCAUGUACAAAAACACAGGACCUGUUGGGACGUUAUGCUACAUAGAUCCCGAGUAUCAAAGAAAUGGGGUGAUUUCUCCAAAAUCCGAUGCUUAUGCUUUUGGGAUGAUAAUUUUGCAGUUGCUGACUGCAAAACCAGCUAUAGCAUUAGCACAUGUGAUGGAAACUGCAAUGGAGGAGGGUCAUUUGGUGGAGAUUUUGGAUUCAGAGGCCGGGAACUGGCCAUUGGAAGAGACAAAAGAAUUGGCUACAUUGGGACUAAGCUGUACAGAGAUACGACAGAAAGACCGACCUGAUCUGAAAGAUGUAGUACUUCCUGCUUUGGAGAGAUUGAAUGAGGUUGCUCGAAGGGCCCGAGAUUCAGUUUCCAGUCUACAAUUGACACCUCCUAAGCACUUAAUCUGCCCAAUACUUAAGGAUUUAAUGGAUGAUCCCUGCGUUGCGGCUGACGGUUACACUUACAACCGCAAAGCAAUACAGAAGUGGCUUGAAGAGAAUGACAAGUCACCAAUGACGAAUUUGCCAUUGCCAAAUAAGGAUCUCUUACCCAGUUACACGCUUCUAUCUGCUAUAAUGGAGUGGAAGUCCAAAACCCAAUCGGACACCCUCCACAUUCAUUCUUCAGGUUAACACAGAAUGAUUGCUUUUAGAAUCCCUUUUAAAAAACCAUUUGUUUCCCAUGUAAAUGUCAUCGGUAGAGCUUCUGAUAUAGAGUAAUGUAAGUAUAUAGAUAAGUUGCCACAGUUGCACGUAAAAUUCAGACUGCAAUGACAAUGUGUGCAGUUAUUUGAGUUGUCUCGAUAGUAGUUUGCUGAAAGCUAUUAAUAAGGAUAUUGAAAGUGUAAUAUUAUUUGAUUAUUUCACUUUGGCCAUAGCAACAAUUAAUGGAUCAUAUGCCAAUCUUGUUUCAUUA